AUGCGGCAAAAGCGCGCAAAGGCGUACAAGCGCGUUAUGGCGCUGUAUGUCGGCACAUUCGGGUUCCGCACCCCGUACCAGGUCUUGCUCGGCGACGACUUCCUCCUCGAGGCCGCCAAGCAGAAGGACGUCGACUGGUGGAAGAUGCUCGGGACGACGGUGCAGGGCGAGGUGAAGCCGAUGAUCACGCAGUGCUGCAUCGAGGCGCUGUAUCGCAAAGGCAGAGAGUUUCAGCACGUCGUCGACAUGGCGAAGCGCGCCGAGCGCCGCAAGUGUAACCACCGUGAAGCGGUUGCACCAGGGGACUGUUUGAAGGACAUGGUUGGCGACACGAACAAGCACCGCUACGUGUUGGCAGUGCAGAGCCAGCCGCUGAUCGCGAAACUCAGCACCACCCCCGGCCUGCCCGUGAUGCACUACAACGCGCGUGGGGUGCUCGUCCUCUCUCCGCCGUCGACGGCGACGGUGCGCGCGAAGAAUGCCGCCGAGGAGGAGAAGCGGAGCGCGGGCGCCAAGCUCCUCGACGGCGUGGUGGACGGCGCGAAUGUCCUCGGUGCCGGCGCCGCACCGGAGGAGGGGCGGCGGCGUAAAGUCAAGGGACCUAAUCCGCUUAGUGUAAAGAAGAAAAAGGUGAAGGAGCCCGAGGUGGGGAAGAAGCGGAAAGCAGAGGAGAAGGAGGAGGAGGAGGAGAGGGAGAAGGAAGAGGCGGGAGACGACGAGGGGCGGAGGAAGAAGAAGAGGAAGCGCGGGCGCGGAAAGGGUGCCGUCGCGACUGCUAUUGCUGAGAUCAAUGCCGCGGGCGGGAUCGGGUUCGGCGCGCAGGGCUCAGACGCGAGCGGGAGCGACUCGGAGUAA